ACAGAUAUAUCUUAACUAGAAAACACAUCGAGAAAUACAACAAAAUGUCGUCUACAACGGUUAAAUUUGCAGUAUUCCUAAUUGCCCUUUGUUUAAUUGAAUCGCUAAACGCUGCAGCGACACGCACAAGGAACGUCCGAGACGUGGAAAAUUCUGAGGACUCAGAAGCUACUGCGAUAAAGCCAAGAGGUGCAGGAGCUGGUUCAUUCGAUAUCACAGAGUUCUUCAAAGACUUCAAAUCUAAAGCAGACAUCGCAAAAAUAUUCGGCGGACUUAUAUUGAAAUCAAAAGGCGGCGAUAGUCCAUUGAAACUGUAAUUCUAACAUAAUACCUAAAAUAACGUUAAUGUAAAGAAAUAAUAAAAAUUCAAAGCAUUAA